AUGAAGUUCUGCUGCAGGGCACAGGGCACCGGGCCAUUAGAUGUGACUCCUGAAGGAAGGCCUGGAGAAGCAUCAGAAGUGCAGCAUCGUAAGCAGGUCUGUCACUGGCCCUGUAGAUGUCCGCAGAAGCCCAGUUGCCCUCCUGGAGUGAGCUUGGUGAGGGAUGGCUGUGGAUGCUGUAAAAUCUGUGCCAAGCAACCAGGGGACAUCUGCAAUGAAGCUGACCUCUGCGAUCCACACAAAGGACUGUACUGUGACUACUCAGCAGACAGGCCUAGGUACGAGACCGGAGUGUGUGCAUACCUUGUGGCUGUGGGAUGCGAGUUCAACAGGGUACAUUAUCAUAAUGGCCAAGUGUUUCAGCCCAACCCCCUGUUUAGCUGCCUCUGUGUGAGUGGGGCCAUUGGAUGCACCCCUUUGUUCAUACCAAAGCUGGCUGACAGUCACUGCUCUGGGGCUAAAGGUGGAAAGAAGUCUGAUCAACCAAACUGUGGCCUGGGACCAUUGCAACAGCAGCUCUCAACAGCCUACAAAACAAUGCCAGCUUAUAGGAAUCUCCCACUUAUUUGGAAAAGAAAAUGUCUUAUUCAAGCUACAAAGUGGACCCCUUGCUCCAGAACAUGUGGGAUGGGAAUUUCUAACAGGGUAACCAAUGAAAAUAACAAGUGCCAACUGAGAACAGAGAAAAGACUGUGCUAUAUUCAGCCUUGUGACAGUAAUAUAUUAAAGACAGUACAGAUCCCCAAAGGAAAAACGUGCCAACCUACUUUCCAACUCUUCAAAGCUGAAAAAUUCGUCCUUUCUGGAUGUUCAAGCACCCAGAGUUAUAAACCCACUUUCUGUGGACUAUGCAUGGAUAAGAGAUGCUGUGUUCCUAAUAAGUCUAAGAUGAUUACCAUUCAAUUUGAUUGCCCAAAUGAAGGGUCAUUUAAAUGGAAGAUGCUGUGGGUCACAUCUUGUGUAUGUCAGAGAAACUGCAGAGAUUCUGGAGAUAUAUUUUCUGAGCUCAAGAUUCUCUAAAGCCAAGCACAUGGGGGAAAACUCAAGGUUAGUCAAUCAUGUCAUUACAUCAAAACGUUAG